CGUUGGGACCACACGAAGCGAACGUUGACAAAACCGGUUUCCGCUCAAAGAAGUCCGUAAACAAAUCUGACCGUUGCGUUGGGACCACACGAAGCUAACGUUGACAAAACCGGUUUCCGAUCGCGAAGGAAAGCGUCUUCGUCGGCCUCCGAUCGCGAAGGAAAGCGUCUCCGUCGGAAUCCGCAGCCGCAACUGUCAGUCUCCGUCACCAGAUCGAUAUGUCCGCACUAAUUUGUUCCUAUCGAAGAGAGAGAUUCUUAAAUCCAAAUCCAACCAUUCGUUUCCUCCAGGAAGAAAUUCUGAUUCUAUAGCCACACGCUUAUCUCUGAAGCUGUUAUGGCUGAAUAUUCGACUAGGAGGAGAGGCUCAGAAAGAGAGAAUCGAAGUGUUCAAAAACUGCAACUGUGAAAACAAAUUAGACAUGACUUUGUUCAAUUCGUUUCCAUGGGCUGCAAUGCUCACUGUCUCAGCUACAAGAGUUAAUCCCGGAACGACAGAGCUACUGCAACUUACGGUGUUCUCUGCCUGCUGCAAAUGUUCCUACACCAUAUGCUUUGGCGUCAAUAUCAGCCCAUGCGGACACAGAUUUGCUAGCGCUGGAAGGAACGUACGCUAUAAAAAUGUUGUCCGUUUUAUCGGAGCAUGCACACGAUCUCCAAACCUCUGCAUUGUGACGGGGGUCAUGACAGCUGAAACAGGGACUUACCGAUGGAUGGCUCCAGAGAAAGAUUUCGAAAGAGAGUUUCACAUGACAGGAGGAGUUGGGAGAACUAGCUAUGCUAGAAACUCUUCCCUCCAGAAGAAAGCAUCUGAUGAGGCAAGACACAUAACACUAGAGACACUGCAACAACUCUACAAGGAGACAAGACCCAAGAGUUUAGGAAUAGCUGACCUUGGAUGUUCUUCAGGGCCAAACACUCUCUCCACCAUUAGAGACAUGAUCAAAGCCGUCGAAUCUGCUCACCGCCAGGAGAUCACAAGCCAUCCUUUGCCGGAAUUCAGCUUCUUGCUUAACGAUCUCCCCGGAAAUGACUUCAACUCCAUAUUCAAGUCCUUGCCUGACUUUCACACAGAGCUCAAGAGAGAUACCAACAUUAAUGGUGAUUGCCCUUCAGUUUUCAUCGCAGCCUACCCUGGAUCAUUCUAUGGAAGGCUCUUCCCUGAAAGAACCAUCCACUUUAUUUAUUCCUCUUACAGCUUACACUGGCUUUCCAAGAUUCCUCCGGCUAUAUAUGACGAUCAAGGCAAGUCCAUAAACAAAGGUUGUGUUAAUAUCUGCUCCUCGAGCCCUGAAGCUGUUUCCAAAGCUUACUACAGUCAAUUCAAAGAAGAUUUCUCCAUUUUCCUCCGGCACAGAUCAGAAGAGCUGGUUGCUUCAGGCAGAAUGGUGCUCAUAAUACUCGGAAGAGAAGGUCCUGAUCAUGUUGACAGAGGAAACUCUUUCUUCUGGGAGCUUCUCGCUAGAUCCAUAGCGGAUCUUGUAGCACAGGGAGAAACUGAGGAAGAGAAGCUUGAUUCAUACGAGAUGCACUUUUACGCACCGAGUGGUGCUGAGAUAGAAGGCGAAGUGAAGAAAGAAGGGUCUUUCGAGUUAGAGAGGUUAGAGAUGUUACAAGUGGACAAGGAGAAAAGUAUCACUUACGGUAAGGCGGUUGCAAAGACAGUAAGAGCGGUUCAAGAAUCAAUGCUUGCUCAGCACUUUGGGGAAGAGAUUCUUGACAAGCUGUUUGAUACUUAUGGUAGAAUGAUCGAAGAGGAGUUGGCUAAGGAAGACAUAAGAACCAUUACAUUUGUUCUUGUCCUGAAAAGGAAGAUCUGAGACAUUGAAAUGAAACCUAUAUAAAUGUAGCAAAUUUUGGAGAUUAUGAUAACCAAAACCAAAAAUAUUAAGGGAAACAGAAGUAAAUCCAUUGGGAAUCAUUGUUCAUUUCCACUUGAUGUACCAUUUUCCAUGUGACUAGAAUCAAUCAAACUGCAAAAGAACAUUUACCUCGAGCUUCUAAUUCUCUUACCGGAGAAACCGAAACUUUCUCGGAAACUAAAUAUGACGAGGAAGAAAAACCUCCCUUGAGUUCCACGUAACCAAACGGGAGGUUCGCUAUUCAGACUUUUAGAACCGUACAAUUUCGGUCUGGAUAUGCUAAUACUGUGUGACCGUUGACCUGUUAUGCUUUGAAAUCUCCAACUACC